GGAACAACGUUGACAAUGCGCUAAAGCUUCGAAGUGUAAGAUCGGUCGCGAUAACUCCCCUUUAUUGUGCGAUGGCAAAUUCUUUAUCUGUGUGGAAGUACGAUGCCUUCCUGAGUUUCAGAGGGACAGAUGUUCGCAAAAAAUUCAUCAGCCAUCUCAACGAUGCUCUCACCGAGGAAGGAAUCAUAACCUUCCACGACGACAGAGACCUUGAGAGAGGCAAUCCAAUCUUGAAAGGACUCGAGGAAGCGAUGAAUCAGUCGAGAUUCGCAAUCGUCGUGGUUUCCGAGGACUACGCUACAUCUCAAUGGUGCUUGAGAGAGCUUGCGUUUAUGGUCGAGUUAGCUGAGAAGAAACGCUUCGACUUGAUCCCUAUAUUCUAUGAAAUCGAUCCUUCAGCCUUGAAGAGCCGAACCGGUUGUUUUACCAAAGCUUUUGAGGAUCAUGAGCAGAGGUUUGAUGCUGAGACGGUGACAAAGUGGAGAAAGGCUGUGGCUAUAGUUGCAAACAUAUCUGGCUGGGAUUCCAAAACCAGGAUCGAUGACUCAAAGCUUAUACAGGAAGUUGUUGGAGAUCUUUGUGAGAGGUUAUACUCAGUCUCAGAGCCAUCAGACGAAACAAGUGAAUUUGUAGGGAUGAGUCUCCAUAAGAAACGCAUAGAAUCUCUUUUAUCAAAGGACGACGACUCUGAUGAUGUCGAUGUCAAAAUGGUAGGAGUCUGGGGUAUGGGGGGCAGAGGGAAAACAACCAUCGCUAAAUGUGUCUACGAAUCCCUCUCGACUCAUUUUCCCAGUCGUUGCUUUCUCGGAAACGUGAAAGAUGAUUUCCAUAAACAUGGUGAAUCAUCAUCAUCAUCAUCAUCCCAUCUGCGGAAGCAAAUCAUGUCUGAAAUUUUCCCCAAAAGCCCCCUGAAUGCACGGUGCGUCAGCCCCGAGGCAAUGAAGCGGAGGCUACGCGGCAAGAAGGUUCUUCUCAUCCUCGAUGAUGUUGACGACAUUCAGCAACUCAAAGAAUUGGCUGGAGACUGCAAGUGGUUUGGACCAGGAAGCAGGAUCAUUAUAACCACGCGAGACAAGCGUGUGUUAGAUGAGCACUCUGUGAAACACAUUUACGAAGUGAAGCCUCUUAGGACCACACAAGCGCUUCAGCUUUUCAGCAAGCAUGCCUUCAAAACGAGUCGUCCACAAGCAGAGUUCAGACGACUCUGUUUAGAUAUUGUGGAGCAGCUUUGCGGUCUUCCUUUAGCGCUUCGGGUCAUUGGUGCGUCUCUGCAUGGUCGGAAUACAUCAUUUUGGGAAGAUAAGCUGUGUAUACUGAGAAACAGUCUUGAUAAAUCUAUAUCAACGCCGUUAAAAGUAAGUUAUGAUGCACUGGAUGAGCAUGAAAAGACUGUGUUUCUUUAUGUUGCUGGUUGCUUCAACGGGGAAUAUAUGGAUCGAGCGAUUAUGGUACUAGAUCCCUUUGUGAUCAGAUCCAAACCGAGGUUGGUGACUCUGAUGGAGAAGUCUCUGAUUAGUAUGUCCAACAAUACGAGGCUAUGGGUUCAUGAUUUACUUCAAGACAUGGCUAAGGAUAUCACUUGUGAAGGAAAAAUGAAGAAGCGUAAGAUGAUGUGGAACUUUUUGGAUAUCAAAGGGUUGUUCACUGAAACUAUGGCUGGGGGGAAUAAAGACAUUGAGGUUGAAAGUAUAUUGCUCAACAUGGCUGAAGAAACAGGGUUUUGCGUUCACCCCGAAACGUUUAAGAGGAUGCGCGAACUCAAGUUUCUUAAAAUUCAUAGUAAUUUAACUGCUGCGGGGAGCAAAGUGUGUAUCGUCAAGGACGACGGUUUUGACUACCUCCCUCCACUAAGAUAUCUUCACUGGGAGGCUUACACUUUAAAGUCACUGCCUGCAAAGUUUGAGACUAACGUUCUAGUUGAGCUAAACCUCCCUGAUAGCUCAGUUGAAACACUAUGGAGCGGAAGUCAGGACCUUGGAAGUCUAAGACACAUGAACCUUAACAGAUGCAGGAAUCUGACUGAACUUCCAGACCUUUCAAAGGCAAGGAAUCUCGAGUGCUUGUGCCUUUGUGAUUGCGAAAGCUUGGUUGAGCUUCCCUCUUCUCUUGGUCAUCUUGAUAAGUUAGUUAAGCUGUCCAUGCUAAACUGCAAGAAACUCAAGAGUCUCCCAUGUAACAUCAAGUUGAAGUCUCUCAAAACUCUUUCUCUAGACGGAUGCAUCAAUAUAGAAGAAUUCCCAUUUGUUUCCGACGUUAUUGAAGAGUUGGGACUGCGCUGCACAUCAGUUGAACUAGUGCCAAAUUCGAUCAGCCGUCUCUCGAAGCUCACGGAGCUUCGGUUGUCACAUUGCAAGAGACUGAAGAAUCUCCCUGACACCUUCGGGAAUUUGACUUCACUCAAGCAUCUCACGCUGACUUGCUGUCCCAACAUCACAGUGUUUCCAAUGCUUGGCAAUGGAGUAGAAACUGUGUCCUUGAACGGAACACUGAUCGAGGAAGUUCCCUCAUGGAUAGGGGAUAAGGUGAAUCUGACGUGUCUUGACAUGUCAGAGUGCAAGAAGCUCCAUAACCUGCCUCACUCGCUGAGAAACCUGAAAAACCUGAAGCUGCUUUAUCUCCGUGGAUGCAUUAGUAUUACUGAGAUCCCACAGGUCGCAGGGGAAAUGAGAAGAUUGGAUUUACAUGGGACGUCGAUAGAGAAAUAUGGAGUUCUCUCUGAAGAGGAAGCACUUGUGUUGCACAAUCGUGAUAUGGAGUUCUUGAAAGGUUUUCUCACUCGCUAUGUCCGGAUGUACAAGAGAAACCGCAACUCUAGAUAGUAUAUGACUUCUCGUCGACUCGGAUUUGCACUCUUAAGGUUUCAAGAAGACUAAGUUGGUUAAAGAAGACGGACGGUUAAAUAAAGAAAACAUGAUACAAGAAUUCUUGUUAAAGAGAGAAGAAGAAGCACGUUUCACCAUUUCCUAAGUUGUAGGGGAUGGAUUCCCACAUUCUCGUUUCUCCUUGUUUCAUAGUUUGUUUGUAGGAUUGGCAAAGGAACCCUUUUAUUUCCUUUUGUAUUUAAAGAUCUUAAUGGGAAGAGAAUAGGCAGAUUGCAUA